AUGGCAUCCCUCUAUCUUUGUAGGGACACAUUGGAGACGGGGGAGCACAUGAAGCUGGUCAAAGCUGACACUGGUGCUUUGGGAUACGAGAACACACGCUUGGAGGAGGAGCUCAUCACGGCACCUCUAUUCUCACUUUCCGCCUGUGAGAAUUUGGAUAACGAGCGUUUGAAUAGCGAGAAAACACUUAACGGAGAGCGAACAUAUCCCCAGUAUGGACUUCUCGGAUUACGGAAUCGAUCUGCUGGCAAGCCACCAGCACAAGAUGAUCUUGUGUAUGCCAAUGUGUCGGCACCCUGGUCUGCCUUCAUCUGCGGCAGCCAAGGAAGUGGCAAAAGUCACACUCUGUCCUGCCUGUUGGAGAAUUCAUUGAUCGCAUCUUCCCCUGCCGGGAAGCUAUCGUCACCUCUGGCUGGACUGGUUAUUCAUUAUGACAAGUUCACGGCCUUUUCCAGCACGCAGCUUUGCGAGGCGGCGUAUCUGCACUCAUCGGACAUUCCUGUGCGAGUUUUGGUGUCACCCACUAACUAUCUUGCAAUGAAAAAGGCAUACACCACACUCGCAGGUGGCUCGAAAAUGCACAAGGUUCUGCCAUUGUAUCUGCCACAGAAGGAUCUGAACAUUGGCAUGAUGAAGACCCUGAUGGGUAUCGGCAACAAAACCGAGCAGCCCCUUUACAUCGAGAUCAUUAUGAAGAUUCUUCGGAAUAUGGCCAUAGCCAACGAGGGCAAAUCCGGAUUCAACUACGGCACAUUCAAACUUCUGCUUCAGAGCGAGCAUUUCUUGAAAGGCCAGCUUGGGCCUCUCAAAAUGCGCUUGGAGGUUCUGGAAUCUUUUUUCGAGCCUGGAUCCGUGCCUGGCGCAACUUCGAAUAUGUCAAAGAGCUCUGAUGCUGAUGAUGCCUGGAAGUUUUCUCCGGGCACUUUGACAAUUAUCGACUUGAGCUGCCCGUUUGUUGACCAAGAGGAUGCAUGCGCUCUUUUCAAUAUCGCCGUUUCCUUGUUUUUGAAGGACCGUCACGACGCGGGUCGCAUCAUUGCCCUAGAUGAAGCACACAAGUUUAUGACUUCCACUUCAUCCGAGGCCGCAGAUCUGACAGAGACACUGCUAUCUGUCGUCCGCCAGCAGCGACAUCUGGCCGCACGUGUGAUAAUCGCAACCCAGGAGCCAACUCUUGCACCGUCACUACUUGAACUUUGCAACAUGACUAUUAUCCAUCGUUUUUCAUCUCCAGCUUGGUUCAAGGCAAUCAAGUCACACAUUGCGGGAGCUGGGAUUGAGGAGCUUGGUCAAAAGACCACGGCCUCGUCGUCGAUCUUUCAGAAAAUUGUUCGUCUGCCGACUGGAGAGGCUUUGGUAUUUUGUCCAACCGCCCUACUAGACAUUGCGAAGUACGACGACCAGCAGGAUGAGGAGUAUUCAAGUGAUACCUCUUCCAGUCAGUCAGAUACUUCAGAUGGCUCGUCCUCUGCAGACAGCUCUCAGAUUGCCACACCUGACUCGGACUCUCAAGAUGAGCCAACUCCGCGUCGCGUUGUUCAGCUCGGAACAGCAUAUGCUCACAUUCGAGUGCGGGAUAGGAUCACUCUUGACGGUGGUCGCAGUGUGCUUGAGCGUUAA